CUUCUCCACGACAUUAACUCGAGUACUUCUAUUAGCACAACACCCUUCGGUCCACAAAGGGAUAUCUGGUGCAACAUGAAGGCAGGAGUCACUCUCGUCAUGGCGUGUGUGCUGUGGGAAGCAAAGGGAUACCCUUUUCCGUAUUAUGGAAAUUUGGAUACUUAUUCAUACGGAUCUGGUGACAGUAAUCGGGGCGGUAUAGCAUUCAGCCGAUACUACAAUCCGUAUUACAACCACGGCAUGGGCGGCGGUAUGGCUGCAUUCAUGUUCAAGCCACAGCAAACUUACAUACCACAGACAAGCCAGUAUUACCUCCCGGACAGGCGCCGACAGACACCACAGGACAUAAACUACGCCCCUCCUCAGCAAAAUGAAGUUUUUUACCAAACUCCAGACCAACAGACACCAGAACAAUCAUAUGUUCCAGCUGAACAACCAGUUACAGAACAAAACGAUAUCACAGAUCCCACUGAGAAGAUUGAAACCCCAACAACGAUAAAAUCUAUUCCCGAAAUAACUGAACCCGAAUUCGAAGAAGUGCCUGAACCAAUUCCAAAGAAACGAGUUACAAAAAAGAAGCAAGUUAAAAAACCUGUAGAUGAAGAUGAAGAAGAGGGAGACGAUCUUCCUCCUAAAAUACCCAGCGGAGCGUACUUCCCUAUGUUCUUUGGUUGGAAUGGAAGAUCAUCUCAUGGUACUCCAGGUGGUGCAACAGCUAUUGCUAAUGCCUUUAGCACAGGCCGUGGAGGAGUUGCUUCCAGCCAUGCUACAGCAUAUGGACCACCAAGGCCUGAACCGAAGCUGUAAAGAAUUUGUAACAUAUAUAAUUAUAAUAUGUUGUAUUGUAAUAUUUGAAUAAUUGUAAGUUACUUCAAAUCAUGCCAUCUUCUGCAAAAUGCGUCAAUAACAUUGAAAUUGAAGAGAAUUUUGAGUGUUGAACUAUGAAGGUUUUUGUUAUCAUCAAAAUUAGGAUAAACUUAAGUUACUAAUAUAAUAUUAUGUUUUUUAACAUUUACUAAAAUUCUACAAAUAAAUAAAGUCGUUUAAGU